CGGUCAGUUAUACAGAUACAGCGCAGCCAGCAAAGGUCAGGACACAGCAAAUAUCGGGAUAUAUCCAGUACAGCACAGAUCUGGACACAGCAAAUAUCGGGAUAUAUCCAGACUAGCACAGAUCUGGACACAGCAAAUAUCGGGAUAUAUCCAGACUAGCACAGAUCUGGACACAGCAAAUAUCGGGAUAUAUCCAGACUAGCACAGAUCUGGACACAGCAAAUAUCGGGAUAUAUCCAGACUAGCACAGAUCGGGACUCAGCAAAUAUCGGGAUAUAUCCAGACUAGCACAGAUCUGGACACAGCAAAUAUCGGGAUAUAUCCAGACUAGCACAGAUCUGGACACAGCAAAUAUCGGGAUAUAUCCAGACUAGCACAGAUCGGGACUCAGCAAAUAUCGGGAUAUAUCCAGACUAGCACAGAUCUGGACACAGCAAAUAUCGGGAUAUAUCCAGACUAGCACAGAUCUGGACACAGCAAAUAUCGGGAUAUAUCCAGACUAGCACAGAUCUGGACACAGCAAAUAUCGGGAUAUAUCCAGACUAGCACAGAUCGGGACUCAGCAAAUAUCGGGAUAUAUCCAGACUAGCACAGAUCUGGACACAGCAAAUAUCGGGAUAUAUCCAGACUAGCACAGAUCUGGACACAGCAAAUAUCGGGAUAUAUCCAGACUAGCACAGAUCGGGACUCAGCAAAUAUCGGGAUAUAUCCAGACUAGCACAGAUCGGGACACAGCAAAUAUCGGGAUAUAUCCAGACUAGCACAGAUCGGGACUCAGCAAGGAUUAGUAUCGGGACCAUACCUCAGGGAUGGAGUCGGAGGGCAAGGUUACGGUGCAGUUAAUGGUGGCGGUGGGCGUGGCUGUCCUCGGAUCCCUACAAUUCGGCUACAACACGGGAGUGAUCAAUGCCCCACAGAAGGUCAUUGAGAACUUUUACAAUGAAACCUGGAUCAGCCGCUAUGGAAUGCCGGUCCCAGAAGCCACCCUGACCUCCCUGUGGUCCCUGUCAGUGGCCAUCUUCUCAGUCGGGGGCAUGAUCGGCUCGUUCUCCGUGGGGCUGUUUGUGAACCGCUUUGGCAGGCGUAACUCCAUGUUGAUGGCCAACAUCCUGGCAUUUAUUGCUGCCAUUUUCAUGGGCUUCUCCAAGAUGGCGUACUCCUUUGAGAUGCUGAUUAUUGGCCGGUUGGUGAUCGGACUCUACUGUGGCCUUACCACUGGAUUUGUGCCCAUGUAUGUUGGGGAAGUGGCACCUACAUCCCUCCGAGGGGCCCUGGGGACCCUGCACCAGCUGGGAGUGGUAGUUGGAAUACUCAUAGCCCAGAUCUUCGGCCUGGAGCCAAUCAUGGGCAAUGCCGAUCUGUGGCCUCUUCUCCUGGGCUGCAUCUUCGUCCCCGCCAUCCUGCAAUCUGCCGUAUUGCCUUUCUGCCCCGAGAGUCCACGUUUCCUGCUCAUCAACCGCAAUGAGGAAGACAAAGCCAAAAGUGUGCUGAAGAAGCUCCGUGGAACCACAGACGUCACCGCGGACCUGCAGGAGAUGAAAGAGGAAAGUCGCCAGAUGAUGCGGGAGAAGAAAGUCACCAUCCUGGAGUUGUUCCGGUCACCGUUGUAUCGCCAGCCCAUCUUCAUUGCCAUCGUCCUGCAGCUAUCUCAGCAGCUUUCUGGCAUCAAUGCGGUCUUCUACUACUCUACCAGCAUCUUUGAGAAAGCCCAGGUUGAGCAGCCGAUUUAUGCCACCAUUGGUGCCGGGAUUGUGAACACUGCCUUUACAGUUGUGUCGCUGUUUGUGGUUGAGCGAGCCGGACGCCGCACGCUGCAUCUCAUUGGGCUGGGUGGCAUGGCUUUUUGCGCCAUAUUGAUGACCGUCGCCCUCUUGUUACUGGACCGCUUCCAAGAGAUGUCCUAUCUCAGCAUGGUGGCCAUUUUUGGCUUUGUGGCAUUCUUUGAAAUUGGACCAGGACCUAUCCCAUGGUUCAUUGUGGCCGAGCUCUUCAGUCAGGGUCCACGGCCAGCGGCCAUUGCUGUUGCCGGUCUUUCCAACUGGACAUCCAACUUCAUUGUGGGCAUGGGCUUCCAGUACGUAGAGAAAUUAUGUGGUCCCUACGUCUUCAUCAUCUUCACAGUGCUGCUCAUCAUAUUCUUCAUCUUCACCUACUUCAAAGUGCCGGAGACCAAAGGCCGCACCUUUGAUGAGAUUGCCUCCGACUUCCGGCAGGGUGGAGAAUCCUCGAAUCCUGACAAGCCUUCUCCAGAAGAGUUCCAAAGCCUGGGAGACUCCCAAGUUUAACCCGUCGCCUCUGACACCUACCUCUGGGCACUUCCCUCUCCUUCUCUACCUGCGUCCGCUCUGCCAGGGUUUAUUGGCGGUGCAGAGGGACUUGGGAUGAGAACAGUGAGAGAGAAGGUGCGGCUCGGUCUAGUCUCUGUUGGGCACCAUGUUGCCACCAGCUAAGCAGGGCAUCGCUAGGCAGCACUCUACUCUUAAACAAUACUGCUCGCUGCAUUUCAAACCUUACUGAAUAACCACAGGGUAGCUCUGGGUAUCUAGUGUUCCUCGCAGGUUAUUUCCCGAACGUGGAGAGAUGAAGAUGAAAGCUCUAAUUGUUUUAUAUAAGCGUGCGUGUAUGGGUGUAUGAUUUCCUUUUAUAUCAGAUUAUUAUGGAAUUAGUGUGAGCUUUUAGGCCCUACUACACUAGUAGGGUAUUUAUGGACUGUGUUUACGUACUGUAGUAUCGGUUGGAGCUGUUCUUUGGCCGUAGGGCGAAGGACGCAAUCUGCAGCCGCCCCUUUAAGGCUGCAGGUCCGGUGGUUGUCUUGGCGGACGCAGAGACACAAAGCCCUGUCUGGCAUUGUCCCGUGGCGGAGAGAGAUGAGAUAUGAUACCGUGCUGGGUGUGAUACACAGAUAGUGACCUGUAUGAGGACUCUUGCCCACCUGCCCCCCGGUGGCUUCCCAUCCUCUCCUCCUAAAUGACCAGACGUCUGCUCUGUACGGGCGCCAGCAGAUGAAUUUAUUUUGCAAUUGUGUUUCCCACGACUCACACGGUACAGUUUGUGUAAUGUCUUGCCAUUCCAUUUAUGUGUAAUAUUUGCCCCAGUCCUGUAGGUCCCGCUCUGCUGUGGAAUCACAGAGAGAAGGAUCGCACUGAUGACGUUUCCGACACUGCGGAGCGGUGCGGAGAGAUUACCCGGCACUGAGUAGAACGGUUCCACCUACUGGGCGGGUAAUUACAGCAGCACUGAUUAUGUUACAUUGGCUGUAUCCGCACAGUAGGUGUCCUGACCACCAGCUCUGAGGACACGUGUCAGGCUGAACGUGUCCAUAGCUAUACUGAGGCCCAGCGGCCCCAGCGGCCUCCUCUCACCACAACAGUCUACAUAUAUAUAUGGUGGGCAGAGGGCACGGAGCGGAGGCUCCUGAUCUGCCAUUCUAACCUCUUUCUACUCCUGGACGAUGCCUUUCAUUUUCGUUGGUCUCUCCACAAGGUCGCCCCUUCAGCUUCACGCCCACGCUCCCCAUACAUUUCUUCCUAUAGCUUUUAAAGGUAUUUAUAUAUAUAUUUAUAUAUUUAGAUUUAUGGGUAUAUAUAUAAAUAUAUAUUUUUAGCGUUAUUACUUGUGUAAAUGAUAGAGCUCUGCUACCAUUCUGUAAAUACACGUACUGUAGCUCACAUGUCGGUUUUGCACAGUAGGUCAGAACACGUAUAUAGGUCAAUAAUCUAUGAAUUGUGUCACGCUCUUCAUGUUUCUUAAUAUAAUACAUUUAUUUUAUUUGUUUUUUUUCUACAUCGUCACCGUAUUGUGUAUUCCAUGUGCUGGAUGUAACUGAGAUAUGGACUAGUGAGAUAUAAAUGGUUUCUCCUUAUGUGCACAUGUAUUUAUAAAUAUAUAUAUAUAUAUUAAAGAUGGCUGCCCCGGUCGGCAUGGCAGCAACACUGCAUUUACUGACAGGCCUAGCGCAGAGUUGUCCGUCGCUGAGGCAGAUUAAUAGCAUAAUGGGCCACCUGCCAAAAUCUAGAAAAAUCAACAUUUUUAUUAUUAAUUAUAAGUAAUUAUUAUUUUAUCUGAGAAUAUCAUGUGUUCACUGUUGUGAAAUGUACUGUUCAAGCCGGGCGUCAUCGCCGGGCGCAGAUUCUUGUAAUGUCUUGUUAGAUGUCCGUUACCAUUUGUAGAUCACGAUGUAUCCUGACACGGAUUCUUAUCCUCUGUUCACUAAUAAAUGUGCUGUAGUAACACCGUCUGUCUAUGGCUGUACAUACUGUACCACUCCAGAAUGGCGCAAGCUUAAUAUUCUGGAGCGUUACGUAAGAGAUGAAUGUCACAUAUGUCUGAACAGUCCGUGAAGGACGAACGUCGAUGUGUUUGUGAGCAUUUAAGUGUCUAUACGUCUAUUUUCACAGGGUAUAAGGUCAGGUUUUAGCGCUUUUACUGUUGUUAAAUAGAUUUUUUUUAUUUAUUGUGAGUGUGUGACUCAACCAUCUUAAAAUAAAAAACUACAUGAAAUAA